UGCUUAUGAGGAUCGAUUUGCUCUGAGGGUGUGUGACAGGCUGCGUUAUGUGUUUUAGGAUAAACGAUAAUGAGGGAGUGGCAGAGAUGUUAAUUGACUCCCUGGGUGCAAAUAUUGUGAAUGCAACGGACUCCAAGGGCAGGACUCCUCUUCAUGCUGCAGCUUUUUCUGACCAUGUGGAGUGCGUUUCCCUUCUUCUGAGCCAUGGAGCUCAGGCAAUGUUGUUGACACCCACAUGCACAGAACACCACUGAUGAUGGUAGCUCUAAAUGGACAGACCAAUGCUGUGGAGGUGAUGGUGAGCGGUGCUAAGGCAGACUUGGCACUGCAAGAUGCAGACAGGAACACAGCAUUGCAUUUGGCUUGCAGCAAGGGUCACGAGACAAGUGCCUUGUUGAUUCUGGAGAAAAUCAGCGACAGGAAUCUCAUUAACUGCACCAACGCUGCUCUGCAGACGCCCUUGCAUGUAGCAGCCAGGAAGGGAUUGACAGUGGUGGUCCAGGAGCUGCUGGUGAAAGGAGCCAGUGUGUUAGCUGUGGAUGAGAAUGGUUACACUCCAGCUUUGGCUUGUGCUCCAAUCGGGAUGUAG